AAGGCCGCAGAGUACUCAAACGGCUCCACGGGGUCGGGUCUGGGGAGGACUUUCUUCUAGUUUGAGUCUUUAUGUCGAUAACUAACAGUAUAACCCCAGUGGUCAAGUGCGAGAGAGUUAAGACAUUUGUACUGGAGGGGUCAGGCAGGCCGAGUAUCAAGUUGACAGCAGCGCCUAGAUUGAACAGAAAGUGUACGUGACGUGGAGGUACAGUGACCGUGUAAGGCUGGCAAUAUUUAAUACUUUAUUUGAAAACUUACCAAGUGCGCAGUAUAUUGACAUGAAAUGUGCAUUUUAUGCUAAGAAAACGUGUGUAGAAAACGCGAUGUGAAGAUAAGCCAUACUGUUGCUACCCGGGCGCCCCGAGUGGGAGAGGGAGGGUGCUGUGCCGAGCUGCUCCGAGUGGGAGAGGGAGGGUGCUGUGCCGAGCUGCUCCCCGUAACACAGCCUCGUACACUGGCUGUGCUGACGGCCACACGCACACAGCUGUAGCAACAAUUAAACGAAAACAACUGGCCCUGAACUUUCUUCUAGACUGGCCUUUCUUUGUGAGCACCAAGUUAAAGACAAUACGACCCAGAGAAGUAGUUCACGUGUCUCGGUUGUUGAACAAACUGUACAUGCUUAUUAUCUAAUAUGAACACUCGGGAGAAAAUUUAGUGUGUGUUGAGUAGUGAGGAGUCAUAACGUUAAGGAUGGCCAUACACAGUGGUGAGGAGGGAGGUGGUAACAUCCCUACAGCGAGGGAUUCCAUAGACGCUGUGUUAGCUGAGAUCCACGCCUUCACCACAGACUUCCCACUCCACAGUGAUGCAGCUUCUGUGGGUCUGGAGCAGGUGGGCGGCAAUGUGGGCGUGUCGGCAGUCCAACGCCGUGAGAAGCCUCAUCCACCCAGGAUCGACGCCCAUCGCUUCUCCAGGGCCAACCUCGAGGAUUCUGGUGACGUUGAACUGGACACCAUCCUUGGAGAACUGUGUGCCCUGGAGACUCAGUUUGAGUUUGAAAUCUCCUCCAAGAGUUCCACUUCGACUUCCAACUUAACCACACCUCCUACCAGAACGACCACAUCUGGAACCCACAUAACAGAUAAAAUGCAGCCCAAACAGCAACAGCAAACACAGUUGCAUCCACAGCUACAGCAGCGGCAGAGUCACUCCCGCAGUAACUCUGGAAAUACAAGACCAAAGUUUGAACCUCUUAAUGUGGAGAUUGAUGUUUCCACCACUAAUAUGGCGCGGACAGACAGCCCAGACAAUGACUCGGCAUUUAGUGACAACGUGUCCAUGCUGUCUUCAGAAAGUUCAGCAUCCAGCGGUGCCUCUGGGAGCGCCGGCUCGAGGCACGAUCCCAGCAAACACGUGUCACAGACCCUUUUCCUGACGUUACCUCAGCUGGCUGACCUGCUGAAGGAUUGUGGGUUGGACAAGGUGGAACAGGCUGCAAAACUCAAAGCUGAAAAGAUAAAAAUGGCCCUUGAGAAGAUUAAAGAAGCCAAUGUUAAGAAGCUGUUCAUUAAAGCAUUUACAUCAGAUGGCUCAACAAAAUCUUUACUGGUUGAUGAGAAGAUGACAGUUGUACACGUCACGAGACUCCUGGCUGAUAAAAAUCACGUGAGAAUGGAUCCCAAGUGGGCAGUGGUGGAACACAUACCAGAUCUUUAUAUGGAGCGAAUAUAUGAGGAUGAUGAAAUGCUAGUGGAAAACCUUCUUCUGUGGACCCGAGACAGCAAGAACAAGCUGUUAUUCCUGGAAAGACCUGACAAGUAUGACCUGUUCCUGCGACCUGAGCAGUACAUCCUCAUCGGGUCAUCUUCACAGAAGAACUCAGAUUUGGAUGAUGAAGGAAGAAGUACACUUAUUGAGGAGUUCUUCUCAAGUACAGGUGUUGGUGUUCCAGAAGUUGAAGGUCCACUUUUCUUGAAGUCUGAAGGGAAGAAGGUGUGGAAAAAGUACUAUUUUGUCCUCCGUGCCUCUGGAUUGUAUUAUUGCCCUAAGGGUAAAUCUUCUCGCUCCUCCAAGGACCUUGUAUGCCUCACAACUCUGGAAGUUAAUCAGGUAUAUUAUGGUGUUGGUUGGAAAAAGAAGUACAAGGCUCCAAGUGACUGGUGUUUUGCCAUUAAGCAUCCCCACUUGCAAGCAAAAAGCAGCAAGUACAUUAAAUACCUGUGUUCUGAAGACCCAAGAACCUUGUCCCAGUGGGUCAUGGGCAUUAGAAUUGCUAAGAGUGGAAGAAGAUUGCUUGACAACUAUCGUGCACUGGUUGAAGACUUGGCCCAAGAGGAUAUCGACAUGUUAGCUUCAUCACGUUCCUUCAGCAUAGCAUCAAUGGCAGGUCAGAGUGGUAUGGGUGGAGGGUCCCGUGGGGCAUCCCAAGCCACUACUCCAUCCUCUGAAUCCCGUUCCCUAGACUCUUGUUUGGCUCCCAGCCUCACCCCAAGUGUUGCUGAUGGGGAAGAAGGUGGGGAUGAUGCUCAGUCCUCAGCUGGGUCGUCUUCUCAAGAUACUCCAGUCAAUACACUGGGUCGUCCGCCAGUCUGGCGGCAGGACAGCCUUAAGAGUGGAUCUUCCAGUAGUUCAAGUGGUUGUUUAAGUGAACGUUCAUCGGCAGGGACACCCACCGGCGAGCAUGGAUUUGAAUCUGAGUUUCCGCAAGGGACAAUCAAGAGGAAGCCAUCCAACAACCCUAAGCUUCCUCUUACAUCAACCACAAGACAUCUUGUAAAGGAAGUGGACGGUGAAGAUGUUGUAGACUCUGCUUCAGGGCGAGGAACAAUUCGUCAGAGUGUGCGUCGCUCUCUGACAGAAGAAGUAAACACGUUACGCAGACGUAAUUCCCAGUCACGAACCAGUGUAAGUAGUGGUGCAUCGAGUAAUGUUCUAAACACUAGUAUGUCAAGUCCAGUGCCUCAGGAAGAGGAAAUGGAUAGUUUACCCUUGCCACCACCACCCCUUGAACUGUCUGAAUGUGCUAUGGAGUCAUUACCACCUCCACCACCAGAGCUCUUGGCAUCUACCCUCAGCCUCAAUUCACUUCCUCCUCCACCUGAUGAAGAUUCUCUGCCACCCAUUAAUCCAGAAGAUCUCAUGAUGGCCAGCAUCACCUCAUUACCACCCCCACCACCACCUAGUCCACCAAAACCAUCUAGUCCACCAUAUACAGGGGGACCACCACCCCCACCACCACAUUCAAAUUUACCAACACAUACAAGUUGUACACCACACCCCCCACCACAUUGUCUGCCAUUACCGCCACCCACUACACCCAAGCCAACUAAGCCAAAAGGUGUUGGCUCACCUGUUUAUGGUGGCUCUCCUAUUUACCAAACUGCAGGCUCACCAGUAUAUCAAGCUGCGGGUUCUCCAAUUUACCAAGCUUCUGGUUCACCUGUUUAUCAGUCAGUAACUCCACCUGCUGUAGCACCAAAGCCAAAACGUGAUAGUAGUGAGUCAGUAACUUAUGCAUCGCCACCAUUUUUAGCUGAACUACGUGCCCAUGGUACCACACAGGCAGCGUCAAGCUCACAACUGCCUGCACAUUCAUCCAGUCAUAACGGUGGCUGGCAUCCUGACUCCCCCUUACCACCACCACCACCUUCUCCUCCUCCACACCAACCAGUGUAUGCACAGCCACAAAAGAGUCCACAGAAAAAAGUGAAAAGGAUUACUUUCAUGGAUGAUGUGCAGAGUAUACCUCCAACACCAGAGUCCCCAACUGCAAAGCCUCCUCUCCCAAAACGUUCAGAAUCCACCAGACUAUCUAUAAACCCAGGCCGUUUGGAUAGUCCAGGUAACAAGAUCACACCACCAAGAUCAUUCUUGAAUAAUCUGCAGAGAGUCAUGCAAAAAAAGUGGCAAGUAGCACAAAAGUGCAAAGACUUUGAUAAAAUGCCUCAUGAGGUUUUAGGGUUUAGAGAUCCUAUUUUGCCAAGUGAAGCAGAACGGAAUGUUGGAGCUUGGAUCCAGGAGCAUUACGGCAGUCUAUACGAGAAUCUUUCUCCACAUGGUAUUCCUCCCAGUGCUGACUCUGUGGAUACACCACAACCAGUAAAUAGCCAUACUUUGCAGCCUUCACCCCCACCUCAUGCUGAUGACCUGCACCGAAUAUCACAGACUAUUCCCACCGGGCGGAAGAAGCCUCCUCCUCCUCCACCCAAACGCUCAGACUCCACUCACCUCAGCACACGGCAAUGACGACUGCGUCAUUAGUGGCCACUUGUCUUGUUACACGUGUUACCCCCACUUGCACCUGAAAGGAGGCUGAAUGUUAUUAUAUAUUUAAGAUUGUUACUUAAUGAAUGUUGCCAUUGUUCAUGGAUUCCUUAUGAUAUAGCAGGGCCACACAAAGGCGAUGGAUGGUAUUUGCCAGUGCUUAUGAAGUAGCAGUGUCAAAAGAGAUGGCUUUCUCACCAACAUUUCUGCAGGAUGCCUCCAGUCUAACUGGAAUAAGCACUUGCAUGACUUAAGAAGUCAGUAGUGUAUUUCCAUUUGAAUAUGAAUUUAUAUUUCUUAAUGUCCUUAUUGGUGUAAAGUACCUUUUAAUCAUUAAAUUAAGGAAACUAUUUGUUACAUGUAUUGUGGUGAGCUUGUUGGUGGUUUCUUCCAAUGGUGCUACAACCAGGGCUGGUUAUUGAACAGUAGUGGUAUGGGACCCAUGUGGGCCCACAGCUAGUUAGUGUUAUUCUCGGCUAACUAGUAUGGACACUUGAAUGAACUGUGCAGUUAUUUGGCUCUGCCAGGAAGUUGGCAUGGGUUGCUGUACCUCAAGGCUUUGGAAAUCUGCUCCUUCAUAGUUAUAUGGCACAAUUAAUUAUAGGCCAGCCAUUUAGACCUGACAGUAUCAACACAAAUAGAGAUUGAAUUGAACUGAUUUUGGAAAUACAGUCACUGCUGCCACAUGCAUGUUAGACUGUAUUAUGAACUAGCAGCAAGUAGUUAAUGUUUGAUAACUGGUGAUUGCAUGUCACUUUCUAUAAUAGAAAACUGACAGCAUUGGAUACUUGAUUGUAUUCAUUUUAUGUUCUGACCAGUUAGUUAUGAAACCAAAUGUGUAAAGGUGUAUAUUGUACAUUGGAUAAGUUUUUUGUAUUUUUUGUAAAGAUGUUAAGCUGACCCUGAGUGUACACAGGAGUGUGGGCUGAGGUCAGGGGUUUUUUACCAUUUUUACUGUAACAAUUUAUUUUUUAUGGUUUAAUGUGUUUGAUAAUGUGCAUAAAAAUGAUCUUGCUUUUCUUUGACUGUUUUCUGUCCAUGAUGCUUCUAUGUGCAAUUAUGAGUCUUGUAAAAAGUAAACAAUUGGGCGAAUGAAUGUUUUUCUAUGUAUUGAGCUAAUAGUACAUGUAACUGCCUGCCAGAUUUAUUUUGUGUAUGAUAGUUCCAUCCAGUUUCAAAUUUCUUACUACUUAAGGGUCUCCUCUGCUUUAAAAGAUAAUUUUAUGGUCUAGUUUUGGAAUUUCAAGUAUGGAAAUUAUUUAUGAUCAAAAUGAGAUCUUUUAAGUUUAAAGGGACUUUGAAAUGUUAGAAAUCAUCUUAAGAACAUUUUUUUCUAAUAUCUACAAGAAAUAAUUUUCAUUUUUAUCAUCCAUUUGUUUACAAAAUUCACAAGUACAGUACCUGUUAAGUACGCAGUGCAUACCCUUGGGGAAUAAGGCAGAGGAUCCUACGGGUAAUAGAUUUUUUAUAGUUUGUGUUGCAUAUUCAUAAAUUAAUAUGAUUGGUCUCUGCCCCAGUAAUUCUUCCUCUUUAACAACGCAAUGACGAUCACAUAAUUAUAAUAUAGUGUUUUUGCAUUUUACUGGUUUUUGAUAAUCUGAGAAAUGUCAUACAAAGUUUUUCUCAAAGUCUGUUAAUUCUCAUUAAAAUAGUUUGUGAAUUGGCAUAAGAUUGACAAGUGACAUGUAAUCAGGACUUGCAACCUUCCCUCUCCACCUCAAUGAGAAAAUAUAAAAUUAAAAAAAGAAACAAAACUAAUCCUUGGGUUAUUGUUAAGCUCAUUAAGUUUUGUAAACCCUGAGUUCUUGGAUUUCAUCAUGAUUGGUUUAUAGAAAUUGUUGGGAGUAGAAUGUACAAUACUGCCUCUUGGUUGUAUGUAGGGGUUCAGUUUCACUUUAGUAUUCCUUGUCUUAUCAAACUUUACUGCUGUACACUCCAUAGGUUUAAUGACCCAAAGAGUGUAUAUGAGUUUGUGUGGUAACCAAUAUCAUAUACAGUACUUCACUGAGUCCUUUUUUGUCAUUGGCAACCACACCUCUUCCAGUUACUUGAAUGGUCAAGGGGAGAGGUGUUUGGCUUCUUUAAUACCACCGUUAGUUAUGUACAAUCUUGUUAUAGAGAGAGAGAGAGAUAGAGAGCAGUAAAUCUAAAGUUAUUGAGAGCAAGUGAUAACCAUACCAUUGGGUUUAUAGGAAGCCAAAAUUUGUCACAUAAAUAGAAAUUUCAGAUAAUAAUUUGUGUUGACUCUUCACCUUGAGUUGAAACCCACUCAGUUCACAUGAUGUAAUAUCUUGGGUUAAGUGAAGAACGAGAUAUGGGUAUAUUCUUUAAGGCAAAAAUGUCCCUGUACAGUGACUUAAUUUAUAUAUAUAUAUAUUGCUCUUUAUUUUUAAAACAUACUUACAACAUGACACUGAAAUAAAGUAUAGGCAAUGUUUCACAGAAAUAUGUUAAGUCUUGUAAUAACUGGUAGAAAAGGGUCUUCACUGUACUGUACUGUAUUAGAUAUGACUAAUAUUCUGUAAUACAUUUUUGCCUCCCAUUCCCUCCCUUUUUUGUGACUGAUGUAUUGUCUUCACACACUUGAUCUAUGGAAGGUUCUGCAUCUUUGGUGCAUUGAUGUACCAUUUGACUCACAAUGGUGGAUCUCCAUACAAACACAGUGCCCUCUCCUCCUCUAUGGUCAGUCCUUUGUUCUUUUAUAUUAACAUUUUUGUUCAUUUGAUAUUAUUUCUUCUUUGUAGUUUUUUAUAUUUAUUAUGCGGCAUAAUAAAUGCCUUCAGACACCACCCUAGGUAUAUUAAUGCCUUUUGUUGGCCCCAACCUUGUCCACAAAAUCCCUUGGUGCCUGACCCUUGUAAAUUCCCUGAUCCGCCACCUUAACCCCGAGCGUGAAGUACGUUGCAUCUUACUCCAUCCCGCCUUGAAUUGCACUGGCAGCCUAUUUAUUCUUAUAUAAACACUACUGAUAUAAUACACUCAAGUUUGUUUGAUUCCCUACCAUUUAUUGUAGCCAUAAUGCAACAUAGCCUUGGAGUGUUUAUUACUUGCCAGCUAUAGAGCCACAAAUAGAAUAUUGUACUGAACUGUCCAUCACUUUGUGUGUUUGGUCUCCUAGUCUCGUCCUUGUGAUCUCCCAGGUGUGUCAGUCUCCCCUCACCUUAUGCUACCUAUCUUAAUUUGUACCAGACUCACAUGGAAUAAUUAAAUUUCUUAUUUCUGUCUUACCUGGUCUCUUACAAUCUGCCCUGGUUACAUGUUGUUUCCAGUGGAUCUCUCCUUGGUAACUGGUUUGAGGAUGUGUGUCCAGAAUCCAGUGGCCUUGUGCCAACUUCCACAUUGUACAGAAAUUAUAUAUACACAGUAAUAAUAAAAAUAUCUCCAUUAAAAGA